GCUCAUAGCUUUUGUUUCAUGACUUCUCUCGCCCUAGGCUAAUAUGCCUUACAUAUUUGAUACAGAAGGUAAGUCUCCUUUCUUAAAGCAAUAUUAUCCUGUGUAUAUGUAGCUUCCUGUUGUCCUGUCUAUUGCUAGUAAAGAUUGGUGUCCAUCUAGUGCGAAUAACGAUUUUAAUCGCACUGUAUAUUUGUACUGAAGUUGACGUUCUCGGCCAGGGGCCACAACAGCUGUCCUUCUACUGACCGUGCGACAGAAGUCAACUUAGCUUCUUGCACCUUUAUUUCUUAUGGCACCAAGACUAGCGAGAGCCAGCGGAAAUUGCUCGAAAAGGUUAUAGUUAGUAAGUUACAGGGAGUGGUGAGAAAAGCAAUACGGAGUUUGUUUGACUACGACUUGAAUUCGAGCCUUGAAGUUCCCCCAGUGGUUGUAAGGCCUGCAACAACAUUAUGGCCAGAUAUUGGGCCCCGAAACACGGUCCUUCCGAUUGAUGAAGCCAUGUCUCCCGUUGCGCCUGUGGUCUCUUGUUUGCUGGCUGUAUCAGUCUUAUCUGUGCGGAUGUAACGUUCAAGCACUGCUUUAGAUGCCGAUGCUGCCGUCGCAGCGGCAUAAUUCUGCCAGCCUUUGUGCUUGUGACUGUCUGCGUAAUCACAUAAACCUUUGAUAAUAAUGCAAGAAGUCUCAUCCCACACACCGGCACCUUCCAUCUCGAAAGCAAUAGCUCCCGUUUCUUUGUGUAGGCGAUCUCUGUCUAUAGCUGACUUCAGAACUAAAUCGCCAGAGGCAAUCAUGCCCACAUGAAUCUCUGGUUGUGGAGGAGCGUCGGCCAGUGGUUGUAAGCGAACUCUUGCUAAACAAGAGCUCUCACCUAAAACGCAACCCAAAUCUGCACAGGACAGGCUCAGUGCUGCGUCACAUACAGGGUCUGUCAAGGCUAAACAUUUUCGACAGACACAAAUAUCUGACGAAUAAUGCUUGUGGCGGUGAUUCGAAUCAAAGACCUCGUCUCUCGUGUUUCUUGGAUAAUCAUACUUCCGCUGGCGGCGACCGCUAACUUUAGUCUGAAUUUGUUGGAGAAUUUGGGAAGUUCGCUCAUUAAGCUUGUCUCGGCCGCGAUCCGUCUGGAAUAUCGCCACCAAAUUCCGUACAUCUUUGUUAGGCCGGCCAAGAUUAUCCUCUACAGUAUCCUUGAGUACCAAUUUAUCUAGGUAUUGGCGUUCCAAAUCGUAUUGCAGGACUGUUUGACUGAUAACAACAUCCCCGAGGAAAAGUUCGCUGUGUCCGUCAUAUGGAACGCCACCACAAACUCCAACGAGCAGAACAAGCUUCAAACGUGUAUAGCUUGAACGCAUGCUUGCUGCUGCACCAGCCGCAUUCGCCUUGCCCAUGUGUGGCAACAAGGCUAGGACAGCGUUGUAUUUUCCAAUGCGGCCAGUUGUGUAGUUGUUGAGAUCUCCCUCUACACGCCCAUAAUCGUCUCCAUCAUCGUCCCAAAACUCGUCGAAGGUGUAUGAUACUGCAUCAUAUUCAAGGGGAAGUGCACAAAUAAUGGCAACUUCAAAGUCAUCGCGGGUUUCCGGCUUGUGAUACGUGGUAAGCAUCGUGUUUCGGCUGAUAGUUGAUUUGAUUUGAUUUAAUUUAAUUUGAUUUAAUUUCGUAUAUAAUAGCUUGCGGUGGCAUUGGCUGUUGAGUUGAGCUACAAUGCCAUGAUGUAGGGGGGCCAGGCUGCCGUCGAUUUAUCCUCAUUCGCCAGUAAUCACAUGAUCCACGGUGCAGAUUCAUAAUAGGAUUCGCAUUAGCUGCGCCUCAGGUCUCUUGGUCUUUCACGUAUAUCCAGCACCAAUGAACACCAUGAAUAUCGAGGGUCCGAUCAGCGGCCACAAUGUCGUUGCUGGCAUGCAGGUGUCGGGCGGCGCUGUCAACAUUACCUUUACUUCAUCUAUGCCACCAUGCACUGUCAAACCUUUCUCCAUGGUUCCCUUCCCUCCCGAUCCCACCUUUAUUAAACGGCCCAAUAUCUCAGAAUGGCUGGAGACGACCAUGGUGGGAGUUGGCAAGCGGGCCGCUCUCGUUGGUUUGGGCGGCGUGGGGUAAGAUCAUUUCGGGUAGCAGGGACGAAAGCUAACAAAGUUAGGAAAUCUCAGAUCGCAAUCCAGCAUGCACACGACGUCCGACGCCGCAAUCCAUCGACAUGGGUGCUCUGGGUCCACGCUAGCUCACUUGCGCGCUUUAAGGAAUCGUAUCAGGACAUUGCCGAACGUCUCCAUCUUCCCGGGCGGAACGACUCACAACAGAACGUACUUCAGCUUGUUCAUCGUUGGCUGACAAAUGACGAUAAUGGGCCGUGGCUAAUGGUUAUCGAUAAUGCAGACGAUAGAGAUAUCUUGUACCAGCCCACUAGUCUAUCUGCAAGCGAACAACCUCUUGCAUCUUAUGUCCCGAAAACAGGACAAGGGUGUCUGCUGGUGACCUCGCGAAGCGAGAGGGCGGCAGAAAUGCUCGUCGGCGAGGACUCACUAUUUUCGGUACUAGUGAUGGAAAUUGACCAGUCCAAAGAUCUUCUGCGUGCGAGACUUGGAGAAAAGCUUUAUGACGACAGUAUAGCUGCUGAUCUGAUUAAUGCCCUUGGCUAUCUACCGCUUGCGAUUGUUCAAGCUGCAUCUUUUAUCAAGAGACGGACUCGUCGUGCGGAGACAAUCUUAACCUACCUUAAAAAGUUUCAGAAGAGCAAAGAGACCAAGAUUGGGUUAUUAGCUCUCGAGGCGCCAGACCUACGCCGUGACGAAAGCGCAUCGAGAGCCGUACUAACAACAUGGCAGAUGACUUUCGAUCAAGUUCGGCGCGAACGGAAGUCUGCUGCCGAGUUGCUCUGCUUUAUGAGCUUUUUCCAUCCUCAAGGCAUUCCAGAUUUUAUUUUAAAGGCCUUUUAUAAGAAGAGCAUGGAUAAGGAUCUCGAGGACGAUAUCGAUGUGCUAAUGGGCUAUGCCCUAGUAGCUACAGCUGAGGAACAACAAACGCUAGAAAUGCAUGCUCUUGUACAGCUCUGUACACAAGUUUGGCUGUCGACUUUCGAUGAUCAGGAAAGGUGGCGAUGCAUAUACCUGAGGGUUCUAUCGUCAGAAUAUCCAUUUGGUUCCUUUCAAAACUGGGCGAUAUGCCGGAGGCUGGAGCCCCAUAUUCAAAGAGCAAUUGAAAGAUGCCCGACCGGGAAUGACGACAUUCGGAACUGGAUUUUAAUAUUAAACAAUACCGCGUGGUUUCAGUAUACAACAGGAAAUAGCAGGAGAGCAGAAAGAAUGAAUCGAGAGGCACUAGAGGCAAACACAAAAGUACUAGGCGAGGAACACCCUGACACAUUGGCGAUCAUGAACAAUCUAGCAUCAGUGCUAUUGGCGCAAGGCAAGUAUAAAGAAGCGGAGACAAUAAAUCGACAAACACUAGAGGCAAGGAUAAAAGUACUAGGCGAGGAGCACCUUGACACAUUGAUGACUAUGAGCAAUCUGGUAUCGGUACUACAAAACCAAGGCAAGCAUAAAGAAGCAGAGAUGAUGGAUCGACAGACACUAGAGGCAAGGAUAAAAGUACUAGGCGAGGAGCACCCUGACACGUUGACGACCAGGAACAAUCUGGCAUCAGUGCUAUUGGCGCAAGGCAAGCAUAAAGAAGCAGAGAUAAUAGAUCGACAAACACUAGAGGCAAGGAUAAAAGUACUAGGCGAGGAGCACCCUGACACAUUGACGACCAGGAACAAUCUAGCAUUGGUACUAUGGACGCAAGGCAAGCAUAAAGAAGCAGAGACAAUGGAUCGACAAACACUAGAGGCAAGGAUAAAAGUACUAGGCGAGGAGCACCCUGACACAUUGACGACCAGGAACAACCUAGCAUUGGUACUAUGGACGCAAGGCAAGCAUAAAGAAGCAGAGACAAUGGAUCGACAAACACUAGAGACAAAGAAGAAGGUACUAGGCAAGGAGCACCCUGAAACACUCAGGACUAUAAGCAAUCUGGCAUUGGCACUACAGAACCAAGGCAAGCAUAGAGAAGCGGAGACGAUAGAUCGACAGAUACUGGAGGCAAGGAUAAAAGUACUAGGCGAGGAGCACCCUGACACGUUGACGACCAGGAACAAUCUGGCAUCAGUGCUAUUGGCGCAAGGCAAGCGCAAAGAAGCGGAGACAAUGGAUCGACAGACACUAGAGGCAAGGAUAAAAGUACUAGGCGAGGAGCACCCUGACACAUUGACGACCAUGAAUAAUCUGGCUCACACUUAUUGGUCGCAGAAUCGGAAGGCAGCAGCCAUCCAAUUACUUGAGGCAUGCAUUAGACUUCUGGAGCGGGAAUUGGGCCCAAACCACCCUGAUACAAAGGCUUCAAAAUCUUCGCGGGAAAGAUGGGAGCUCGAUUCUUAGGCUUCCCAUUUUGUAUCCUUGGACUAUUAUAUAGCCUGGGGAUUAUGUUUGUGUGUGGUAUUGUAAGAAGAAAACUGCAGAAUGGCUAGUUUGAGGGGCGGGAAUUGUUCUUUCCUCUAAGUACGGGUGUUCUUGGUAACUGUUAAUGCCUCUUCCGUGAGGAAGAUCGGCUGACGUUGUUCUAAUACCAGCGAGACGGCCUUUGACAUGUCGCGAGCGUAAAUAACUUUUGCUUUUGACGAAUUAUUUCCAUGAGCUUGGAGUAGAUGUCAUCGAAGUACGGCUCCUUGUUUGAGGUGAUAACUGCGAUUUUUGCUGCCAUGGUAACUAACUUGCGAAGAUCUAGAGCAGACUUUGGGUGAGAGUAAUUUCCAUCAGGGGUUUAGCUCGGGGUUUGAGUGGUGCAACGUGGUUGGGGCCGCGGGCUAAGUUGAGUAGAACCGUUUCAUGCAUAUUCACGUGAUUUUUUGCUAUUAGUACAACUUUGAAGGGUUGGUAUAUAUGCAGUACGAUAAGACCAGACGCGAGCCAACAGGGG